GGCGUGGUCUACAACUCAGCCAAAACAAUCAUUUACAAUGCUCAUUCAUAAAAAAUGUUCUAGAAAUGUCCAAGUCUACGACCUCAUGGAAAACAUUGAUAAUUCUUGAAGUAGUGGCUCUUUUUUCUACUCUUUUCAUAUCUGACGCACAGAUGUACACCAUAGAAGAUAAAUCUACGUCUGACCAAUGUGACAAUGCCUUGCUGGCCUCAAAGGACGUGGUAGACUUGCUAGUGACAGUAAAUAUGUCAAAUACGGAUUACAAUGACACCAACUCUUUCACAUUGUCUGCAGUCAGACCAGGCUCUUCUGAACAAACACAGCUGUGUAACAUCAAGUUCAGGCAAAGCUGCUCUCCUUCGAACUUUGCCCACUGCUACUGCGCGCUCAAUCAACACGACCUCUUCACCUUCAGGUAUAGAUCUCAAGCUUCGUUGAACUUGUCAAGGAAUUUUCUCGUUAUCAAUGGAGAUCAACGUCACAAUAUCACUCUCAAACAGAUUCUAGGUUCAGAACCUGAUCUGAUAGUAUACAUCGAUAACCACAAAUUUCGCUCUGCCAACGAAUGUCAUCUUGACAUCUCACAAAACCAAUUCGUCCUGUUUGUAGUCAGCUUCAACGACUACGAAGGCCAGGAGGUCGAUGUUAAAUUUCUGGGUAUCAAGGCAAAACGAUUUUCAACCCAGAACAACAUGAAGUGCGUAGUCUGUUAUCGAAUGGCGUUGGUCAAUCAGUCUGGCUCAGUGAGGUUUCACUACAUGAACAAGUGCAGACAGAACGUAACUAUGUCAUGUGACUUUCAAGAAGCACACAUCUACACCAUAGAAGAUAAAUCUACGUCUGACCAAUGUGACAAAGCCUUGCUGGCCUCAAAGGACAUGGUAGACUUGCUAGUGACAGUAAAUAUGUCAAAUACGGAUUACAACGACACAACCUCUUUUACAUUGUCUGCAGUCAGACCAGGCUCUUCUGAACAAACUGAGCUUUGCAGCAUGGGGUUCGGGCAGUCCUGUUCAGCUACGUACUCCCUAAAUUGUGUUUGCGAACAUAUUCUGGAAGACAUCUACACCUUCAGAUACAGAUCCAAAGCUGAGAUCAGCCUGUCGAGGAAUUUUCUCAUUGUCAAUGGAAAGCCCUAUAUGAAGAUCAGACUCAAACAGAUACUAGAUUCUCAACCUGAUCUGAUUGUAUAUAUCGAUGGUCACGAGUUUCGAUCGGCCAACGAAUGUCACCUUGAAAUUGCCAAGAAUGAAGACGUCCAAUUGAAUGUCACCUUCAACGAUUUCGAAGGCCAGCAGGUCGAGGUCAAAUUUCUGGGUAUCGAAGCUGUACAAAUCUACGGCCUCAAUUGCGUCUGUUAUGAUAUAGCAUUGGUCAAUCAAUCAGGAGCACUGAGGCUUGACUAUUCGAACAAGUGUAGACAAAACAUAUCAAUGGAAUGUACAUUGCAAGAUCCACAGUCGGCCUCGAACUACAAAAGACGUAUAACAGGAACGCCAUCUUUUUUAACUGACGAAUCAACAAGCGAUAUUUAUUGUUGCAGUGUUGAAAGAAGUUCAUGGAGCGCUCUAAUCGCACUGAUUCUCGCAUUAGUUUUACUCUGCUUCAUCAUUGCGUUCUGCUUCGUCUUCUGGUACAUGAAUAGAUGCCAGUGUUUGAAAGGUGAGAGUUCCCAAGGCUCCAGGCUCUCAAUAGAAGACUUUCUCGCCCGUCCAGUGAGCUCGCCCAAAGACCAAGACAGAAUAACAUUUUCUUCCAGCAUACGACUGACAGGGAUCCUUUCUUCCAGUAUUGUGCAGAGCCCUAAAGUCAAGGACAUUCAGAGUGUGCAUUCCCAUUUUCAUUCUGAGGUCUGAACACAGCUUUCAAUGACUUGUUAUGAGCCUCGGUCUAAGAGUCUAUCCGGAGCAAAGUCAAGAGUUGAAUGCGUGUCAAUAGAGACAAGAGUUGAAUGGUAUGCGUGUCAAUGGUCAAGAGUUGUAUGGUAUGCGUGUCAAUAGAGACUAGAGUUGUAUGGUAUGCGUGUCAAUAGGGACUAGAGUUGAAUGGUAUGCGUGUCAAUAGAGGCAAUAGUUGAAUGGUAUGCGUGUCAAUGGUCAAGAGUUGUAUGGUAUGCGUUUCAAUAGAGACAAGAGUUGAAUGGUAUGCGUGUCAAUAGAGACAAGAGUUGAAUGGUAUGCGUGUCAAUAGAGACAAGAGUUGAAUGGUAAGCGUGUCAAUAGAGACAAGAGUUGAAUGGUAUGCGUGUCAAUAGAGACAAGAGUUGAAUGGUAUGCGUGUCAAUAGAGACAAGAGUUGAAUGGUAUGCGUGUCAAUAGAGACAAGAGUUGAAUGGUAUGCGUGUCAAUAGAGACAAGAGUUGAAUGGUAUGCGUGUCAAUAGAGACAAGAGUUGAAUGGUAUGCGUGUCAAUAGAGACAAGAGUUGACUGGUAUGCGUGUCAAUAGAGACAAGAGUUGAAUGGUAUGCGUGUCAAUAGAGACAAGAGAGCAACCAAAGCAGAUACGAAAUGUAUUGAAAACUGAAUUCUAGACAUAGACCUGAGCCUUGGUUCAGGGCUAUAACCUUUAAUGUUAUAAAAUACGCUUUGUUGUAUAACAAAUUAAAAAAUAUAUUGAU